GAUCAUUACUCCAAAAUUGUGAAGACAUUGUUAGACCUCAAAUGACAGCCACUGAUUCUUUUAUAACUCCAGCCAAUUAUUUUUUACGCACUUCCUUACGUUAAUUUACAUGAUUUUGAUUAGAAAAUUAUGCAAAGUAGUAUAGUUCAAAUUCCCCUUUUGAAGUGAGUGCGCCACUAAACAUAAAAGUAAAAUAAGAAUGAUAAGAAGUGGUAUCAUACAAGAAGGAUGAUAAGAGCUUGAAAGGGGUGAUAGUAUCCUUCCUACGUUGUCUAAUACGACUGAUGUUGACGCCUAACUGAAAGUAAUAAACAAUAGUGGUAUUAUAGUAGCUAAACCUUGUAUCAAGUAGUAUGUCCUUAUAUUAUACCAACAUACCGGUCAUUGAACAUAAAUAUAAAUCAAAAGUGCAUACGUUACAUUGACGUAUGCCGACGUAGAUACUUUUCAAAUAUUUACAAGUGCAUAAGUAGUGGAUUCUACUUCUUUUAGGACAUUUAUUUUAAUCGUAUGAUGUCUGUGACAUCCACAAUUCGUGUGGAAGUUAUCAGUUCGUUCAGACCUCGCAAAAAAUAUAUAUAAAGGAUGUCGUGAGUAGAAUGAAAGAGUACUAGUAUGUUGGAUAAGCGGCGGCUUCAUGGCCACGUGUCGCCGCCUUAUAGCCUUGGAUUCGUGAUUGCCCUCGUUUUCUUGGGCUGUUUUUCCUUUUGGAUGCUAAUUGGAUGUCCUGCUGAAGUAGUAGUUCCGGGAUAUAUUCUUUUAGUUCCUGAUAAUGCAUCAACUUUACCUAUUCCAUACGCAUUGAACGAACUGCCGUCCAGUGAUGAAACGACACUAAUCAACCUUAGAAAUUUUAAGUUUAUGAUUAAUCAUGAUCCUUGUAAUAAAACACAGCCACUAUUGUUAAUACUGAUCCACUCAGCACCGAGUAAUGCUGCUAAACGUCAUGUUAUAAGAGAAACUUGGGGAAAACAGACACCAGAAGUAGUAAUUUUAUUUUUCGUGGGACUGACUGAAGAGUAUCAAUCAAGAAUUAUUCAGGAGGAUAACGAAUAUCAAGAUAUUAUUCAAGGAAAUUUCUUUGAUGCGUAUAGAAAUAUUACGUAUAAACACGUCAUGGCAUUAAAGUGGGCCACAUACUAUUGUUCAAGUGCCAAGUACAUUUUAAAAUUGGACGAUGACGUUUUUGUUCAUAUUCCGGCGGUAUUAGAUUUUCUAAAACAUGAUCUUUCACCGUGGGGAGCAAGACGGUUAAUUCUAUGUGAACUAUUGUCAAGAAAAUUAGUAAAACGAUCAUGGCGUUCAAAGUGGAGAGUUUCACCCCUAGAAUAUCCUGCUAGGUACUAUCCAGAUUACUGCUUAGGUUGGGCUAUUUUAUAUUCACCGGAUAGUGUAUUUCUACUGUAUAAAGAAGCUCAAAAAGAACCAUAUUUUUGGAUUGAUGAUGUCCAUAUCACGGGAACAGUGGCUAGGAAAGUAAAUUUAACUCACAGUCCGAUGCAUUCUCUUAUAUUGACAACUAAAGACAUGCAAGAACUUAUUAAGAAUCCAAGUGCUCAUAAGGAGUAUUUAUUCGGACCGCCUAACUUAGCAGAGGAACACAUUAAAGCUUUGUACCGAUUAAGUAUUUCUAAUUCGGUAUGACCGUAAGUAAUUGUCUUUAUAAAUAAUUAUUCAUCAAAUAAUAGGUAUAAAAACUUGACAUAUAGAUAGAAUGAGAACAAUUCAUUUCCAACCCUAAGGGAUAUAGACAAUGGCCUUGAUUGUGCGUUUGAUUUUUUAUAUUUAUAUUGAUCGAUACUCAACCGAAAGAGUUUUUUUAGGUUUUAUUCAAUAUUUUUAUAUUCAUUUAAAGUUUAUACAACUUUUCUUUCAUUUUAUUUAUCAAUUAUCGAUGGUAAAGUCAUUUUUAAUUAUGAUUUGAGUAAAGAAAAUUAGUGGUUAUUUUUAUUAUCAACUAAUACUUUACUAACAUAGUUACCGAAUCUCAUACAUGUGAUAAAAAAGAUGGCAAUGAAAUAUUAAUUUCAAAGUCAGCAUAUUAAUUGAAAUACUUACGAAAAAUUUGAGCUUAACAUGUUACAUCUUUAUUGUUUUAAAGUUAUACUUUUCAUUUAAACAAUUCCCUAUAAGUUAAAGAAUUAUGGGAAUAAUUAUUACAAGUAAUACGAAAAUUAGUGAUAUAUUCGCCAAAAUAAAAGUUAAGAAAGUGUGUAAAAAUGUAAAUAAUAUAAAGAAAUGAGAUAUUUGGAAGCUAUUUAAACAUGAAAUUCUACGAAAUUUCGAACAAAUUUAAAAAAGUAAAUGUUAUUUAAUUAGAUUACAUGUCAUGAAUACAAAACUAAUGAA